CGAUAAGAGGGACAAACUCAAGGCCCCCCAGCAGCACCCCGGAGGCUGGUGAGAGCGACCCUUUGUCUGCCUGGAGAGGCCAUUGGAGGAAGAACGCCACGUGACAGAGGGGUGCCAAUGUUAUUCUCCAAGGGUGUCAAGACCCUGUCAGUUUGUGAAAUAAAUAUUGGGAAACAACGAAAUGCAAAAAGCGACCUACUACGACAGCUCUGCAAUCUAUGGUGCCUACCCCUACCAAGGAGCAAAUGGUUUCACUUAUAAUGCGAGUCAGCAGCAAUAUCCUCCAUCUUCAUCACUUGUGGAAACUGAGUACCACCGCCCUGCGUGCUCCCUCCAGUCCCCUGGCAGCUCUGUGUCCCACCACAAGGCCAAUGACAUCAGUGAGAGUUGCAUGAGGACCCUCCCCAACCAGCCUCUCCAGCCUCCUGGCCUCACUGACCCACAGGCUCCACCGCAGCCACCUCCAGCCCAGCAGGCACAACCUCCACCUCCAUCCUCCACCUCACCAUCUCAAAAUGCCAGCAGCAACCCUGCCCCAGCCAACCCCACCAAGAGCCCAGCUCUUAACUCACCCACCGUGUCCAAACAGAUAUUCCCGUGGAUGAAAGAGUCUCGGCAAAACACAAAGCAAAAAACCAGCAGUUCCAGUUCAGGUGAGAGUUGUGCUGGUGAUAAAAGCCCUCCGGGGCAAGCCUCCUCUAAGCGAGCCCGUACAGCUUACACAAGUGCCCAGCUGGUAGAACUGGAAAAGGAGUUCCACUUCAAUAGGUACCUUUGCAGGCCACGAAGGGUAGAAAUGGCUAAUUUGCUCAAUCUCACGGAAAGACAGAUCAAAAUCUGGUUUCAAAACCGCAGAAUGAAAUACAAAAAGGAUCAAAAGGGCAAGGGCAUGAUGACCUCUUCAGGAGGACAGUCCCCAAGCAGAAGCCCUGUCCCUCCAGCUGCUGGGGGAUAUCUAAACUCUAUGCAUUCUUUAGUAAACAGCGUCCCCUACGAGCCCCAGUCGCCUCCACCAUUUAACAAGCCUCAUCAAAACACCUAUGGCAUCCCUGCAUCGUAUACCACUCCUCUUAAUAAUUGCCCACCUCCUCAAAAGAGAUACACGGGAACGGCAGCUGUGACACCUGAAUACGAUACUCAUCCUCUUCAAGGCAACGGUUAUGGGAAUCCACAUAUACAGGGAAGCCCCGUCUAUGUAGGGGGCAACUACGUGGAGACCAUGACCAAUUCUGGGCCUUCCAUCUUUGGUCUAACUCAUCUCCCUCAUCCUCCCUCUGCCAACAUGGACUACAGCGGGGCUGGGCCAAUGGGCAACAAUCACCACCAUGGACCUUGUGAUCCACAUCCAACAUACACAGACCUUACUGCUCACCAUCCUUCUCAGGGAAGAAUUCAGGAAGCGCCCAAACUCACCCAUCUGUAAGAGACAGGAGUCACUAAGUGGAACACCAAGCCCCCAAGUUUUGGAAAGUACUCAUCCCUUCCCUUCUCUUUCUCCUCCCCCCAUCAUGUGCCCUCCC